GUGCCGACAGACGUCGACACGGAGCACGCUGUAUCAUAACCUUCAAUGUGUGGCGCGUUUAGUAAACAAUCUCUCGAGUGUAUACUGACAUUUAUUUCAUUUGCGAUGUAUGAGGCACACAGCAUCAAUGCAGAGCACAAAGAUCUUAUACACGACAUCGCCUACGAUUACUAUGGGGAACGAAUGGCGACAUGCUCCAGUGACCAAUUUGUAAAGGUUUGGGAUGAAGAUGAGCAUGCAAAUUGGCAUCUAACUGCUUCUUGGAAGGCCCACAGUGGAUCGGUAUGGAAAGUUACUUGGGCACAUCCAGAAUUUGGUCAGGUUCUCGCUACAUGUUCAUUUGAUCGUACCGCUGCUGUUUGGGAGGAAAUUGUUGGCGAAGGUUCGGGACCAGAAGCUCGUGGCAGCAAACAUUGGAUUAAAAGAACAAAUUUAGUUGAUUCACGUACUUCUGUCACAGAUGUAAAGUUUGCACCAAAAACUUUAGGUCUUCUUCUGGCCACUUGUAGCGCAGAUGGAUUCAUUCGGAUAUAUGAAGCACCAGAUAUCAUGAAUUUGAGUCAGUGGACAUUACAACAUGACAUCAACUGUAAACUUUCAUGCAGUUGUCUUACAUGGAAUCCAUCUCUCUCUAGACUACAUCCGCCUAUGAUAGCAGUUGGUAGCGACGAUCCAAAUCCUACAUUUGGAGCAAAAAUCUUUAUUUACGAAUAUUCUGAGAACAGUAGGCGUUGGGUAAAGGCCGAGACAUUGUCGAGCAUUACAGAUGCUGUUUACGACAUUGCGUUUGCUCCUAAUCUAGGCAGAAAUUUCCACACACUGGCUAUAGCUACAAAAGAUGUACGGAUAGUCACUUUAAAACCGACGGACGAGAGUACACAGACUGGUGUAUCGCAUUUUGAAACGAAUGUAGUCGCACAGUUCGAUGAUCAUUACUGCACCGUCUGGCGUGUUAGCUGGAACUGUAUGGGAACAAUUUUAGCAAGUUCUGGCGACGAUGGUUGCGUCCGAUUGUGGAAGGAUAAUUUUAUUAAUCAUUGGAAAUGCAUCUCUGUUCUCAAAGGAGACGGUGUUCCAGCUCAGGGUGCUGAAACUCCUAUCGUAGCGACUCCGCCGAGUUCGUCUACACCAGCUCAACAGAUGCCAUCUACCACCAGGUACUACAAACUGGGUACCAUCAGUCAUCCAAGUCAAGUACCUUGGCAUUAGAGGACCUAAUCAAUUUAUAGAAUAGACAAUCGUGAAUUAUUUUGUGUUUAUUUACGUACUAGUUUUUGUCAGAUAGAAAACAUAAAGUGUUAUAAUAAUCGUUAUCAUGAAAAUUGUGAUUCACCUAUGUUCUCCAUCCAUCUUUAUUGUUUUAUUUUGUGUUUAUAUAAUUUAUUAUUAUAAUCAUGUCUUUAACAUUGGAUUUAUUCUCUGAAACAAUCACACAUUUAUACUGUGAUAAAUAUUACACUGCUACUGUUAUACCAUCUUGGUAAAAUUUUUUUAAUAAUUUUAUGUUUUAUUAGAAUUACUCUUUUUAUGACAAAUUCAUCUCAAUUAUCUCGUCACAUUAAAAUUUUUUAAUGUUGCAAAAUGUUAGUCACGUAGAGCAAUUUAUACAUAAUAUAAAGUAGAGCCUUCCAAUUCGUGCAUCGCGGGCACGAAAUUUCGUAUAAAGUAUAUAAACAAUUUGUGAGGAUAUGGGUGGAGGAUAUGAAUAGGAUGAGUGUGUAUUAUUAUAGUAAGCCCCGGGGAAUAACCCUUAAUACAUACUCAAAUUUGGAGAAAUUAUUUUUUCGUAAAUUUACUAUUAAAAAAUAAACAGCGCUUAAAAAG